CCAGGAAGAGAUGGAAAGCCAGGACUACCAGGUCCUCCAGGUGAUCCUGUUGCACUGCCACUUGUGGGAGACAUGGGUGCUAUACUGAAGGGUGAUCCUGGCACAAGAGGUCCUCCAGGCAUCCCUGGUAGAGAAGGGCCAAAGGGAAGCAAAGGUGAACGUGGAUUUCCUGGGCUUGCGGGAGAGAAGGGCGAUGAGGGUCUUCAAGGUGCUCCUGGACUGCCAGGCAUACCAGGACCCAGUGGACCAUCUGGAGUCACAGGAAGACCUGGACAUCCUGGUCCAGCAGGGCCAAAAGGCGAAAAGGGUAGUGAAGGUUCUCCUGGGAAACCUGGACCACCUGGGCCUCCGGGUAUGCCUUACAAUGAAAGAAAUGGAAUGAGCAGCUUAUAUAAACUGCAGGGAGGUGUGAGUGUCCCUAGUUAUCCAGGUCCACCAGGACCUCCCGGUCCAAAAGGAGAUCCUGGAAAAGUGGGAGACCCAGGACCAAUGGGCUUACCAGGACUGGAAGGACUCCCAGGGGAAAAGGGUGACCGUGGACCAGCUGGCACACCAGGAGUAGCAGGGACACCGGGAAAGCCAGGAUCUCCUGGGUCCCCAGGGAUGCCAGGGGAACCUGGUGAAAGAGGACCUAUAGGAGAUAUAGGCUUCCCCGGUCCAGAAGGGCCACAAGGAAAACCAGGAAUCAAUGGAAAAGAUGGAUUGCCAGGUCCUCCGGGUGCCGUGGGGAGACCAGGAGACAGAGGACCCAAAGGAGAACGUGGAGAUCAGGGUAUUCCAGGGGACAGAGGUCCACAGGGUGAACGAGGGAAACCUGGCCCAACAGGAGAAAAGGGGGAUGUGGGUCCUGUUGGCCCACCAGGAAACAGAGGCUAUCCAGGAUCACCAGGUCAUCAAGGUCCCCCAGGUUCACCAGGACCCCCAGGGUUUCCAGCUGAUGCAAUUUCACUUGAAGAAAUAAAAAAAUAUAUCAAACAAGAGGUUCUUAAGGUUUUUGAAGAAAGGAUGGCUCAAUUUGUAUCCCAGCUGAAGCUGCCUGCUGCAAUGCUUGCCUCCCAAGCUCAUGGUAAACCAGGGCCCCCAGGAAAAGAUGGGUCACCAGGGCCACCAGGAAAGGAUGGUUUGCCAGGGCCACCAGGAGAACGUGGAAUUCAAGGUUAUAGAGGACAGAAAGGGGAAAGAGGCGAGCCUGGAAUUGGACUGCCUGGUAACCCUGGACCACCUGGCCCUGCAGCUGCUGGAGUGCCAGGCCCACCAGGAACACCAGGCUCACCCGGACCACAGGGGCCACCUGGACCCAGUGGGAGAUGCAAUCCAGCAGAUUGCUAUUACCACAUAUCACAGACUCGGUCACACACCAGCAGAAAAUAAAAAACCUCUUCCCCAGACACUUGGGUUCACAAUCACUUUUCACUCUUCCCAAUAAGUUAAUUUAAUUUUUGAAAUAUUUGGUGCAUUUUUUUUUCUCGACACUGCAUGGUAUAUAGAUAAUUUGUAAGGCACAAAAUUGAGGGUUUUCUAUGUUAUUUGCAGUGUCGUAAUUAUGAAAUGAUGACGUAUAUUUUCCGGAGUGCAUUCCAUGUGUUGUUUCUCAUAUUUAUUUUCCUUAGAACAGAAAAUAGGCACAAAUAAUUUUCAUCGCCUUCUUUCUUCAAACAAAAAAUAUUUUAUUAUUACUUAAGACAUUAUAUAUGCCCCAGUAUGUAAGCUGGCUUUAUUUUUCCUGCUGGUGGUGAAUUUUAAAUCAAAAAUAUAAAUUUCUGGAGUUUCAAAGCGUACUUGUUCAUGGCGAACGCAGGACCUGAGCUGGAGCACUGGGAACUCUAUUCAGACUAAACAUUCAUGUCCCUUGAGGAGGGACACCCUCUGAAAAGGGUCUUUGUUGUGCAUCACAAGUGCUGCCGCAAUUUUAAUCACGUCCAAGAUGCUGAAGAAGGAAACGAAGAUGUGUUUAUGAUCUCCCUAAUCCCAUCCAACACCGAACUUCAAACUGACUGGAAAAUCACCAGGUGUAGCCCCAAGAAGUGUCUCUCCUGACAGGAUGUUGUCCCAGCUAGGGGGCUUGUAGGUUCAUUUAGUCAUGGCUACAUGAUAAAUUGAUAAAUAUCCAGAUAUUUAACUGCAAAGGGCUGGUGUUGAUGUUCCCGACUAAGAACUGGCAUAUUUUCUAACCACCACAUGGACUAAAUGUACCAUCGUUGCCUGUAAUCAAGCUACUCUGCCAUUAGGUCUGCCUACAGCAAAGGUGACCCCUUGCUUUAGAGCAGAGAGUGGUGGGUACACAGUCCUACAAGAGAACUUCACAAGCCUGUGAUCUUGGUAGUGAUACAGUUUUCCUCUUCCUCCUGCAAUAAUCAAAUGCUGAAAUAAGCUUGAGAAGAGCAUGGAAACUGUAGAGUGUAAAAUUCACAGGUCCUAGUAAAUUGCAAACAAAUCACUUGAGCACAAGAAAAAUUUGGAAAGAAGUACAAAACCCUCCUUGAAAGGUGUAACACCCAGAACACAACUGCAGCCAGUUUUCAGGCAGUCAGUAAAUCCUACAGGACUAGACACUGUCAGCCAAAUAGAAUGAGGUGUACAUCCUGUAGAGCUCAAAGAAUUGAUCAAAAGAAAAUUUGGAGAAAAUUGAUCACACAGAGGCUGGUUAUGAAAAGGAGGGAGGAGACAUGGCCAAAGUUUCACUUCUGUUUAUUAGGAAACAGAUUAUCCUACAUUAAUCCUGUGGAAUUUUCUGCAGUGCAGUAGAAAGUGAAGGUGCUACUGGGAGAACAAAUUCAGAUGGCUAUAACCCAAAACCUGAAAAUACAUCUGUAGUGCAAAGCCAUACUGAGGGUUCUUACCCCCUUAUUAGGAAGCUCUCCCACAUCAGGGUGAAAAGUGGUUUUGAUGACUUCGUGCUUGAGCAGUACAGAGCUGCCAGGGAAGCGCUCUCAAACUGGAAGUGCUGGCUUCCAGAGAAGCUGUUGUGAAACAGGAAUUUGGCUGACUUCUUAGUUUUGAUGAAAGGCAGUUAAGGAAUGACCAGUGUGAGUCUUUAAAAACAGAAAUACACUGGCUUUUUUGAAUAGAGUUCCUAGCACUUGCACCCAGAGUGAGACGAAAGCAAGAGGUGACAGAGUUAAUCCAGGCAGCUGGGGAGCUCAGGCACACAUUCUGAGAGGGAAAGCACACAUCCCUGACAUAUUCAUCAGUUAGAUGUUUGGAGGAAAGAAGGUGCUUGCUACAAAGAGAUGUUAAAGGAAACAGGGGUGAAAAGCUGAGAGUAAACAGCUGGGACAGAGGAGGGCAGCAGGAA